CUCUGCCUCGAGUCACUACAGCUCUCUUUUGAUGGAUCUUCAGUUCGCAGUACCAGGAUGCGCGUUGGCCGCGAAGCGCAGAUCGGACAAUGAAUACGCGUAAUGGAAAGAUCAUAUAGUUACUUAGACAGAGCAGCGACUAGAAAGACACAGAUACAACUGCUGGAUCGAUUCACAGCAGAUGUGAUGAAUGUAGCAGUGAUGGUUUGAUGGUGAACACGUGAUUUACUGCACAACUGAAGUCCUUUCCGAUCAUAGUUUACUCGGCCUUUUCGCACAGGAGAACCUUCUACGCGAUAGUACGACCUUGUGCCUCCAAGUACGCGGCUUAACAAAGCAGGGUCUAACUACAAAAUGGAGACGUGGCAGUAUGAAAAUAAGCAGAACUAUCCCCCCCGCAGGAGCUAUUCGGUACAUAUGCAUGUAGACCACAGCGCUUAUUGCCCACGUGUGUCAUACACAGCACCAGUUCAGUACCACCUCACGUACGCAAAAAACACAAUUGUCGUGUCCAAGAAUCGCAAAUCACGAUGCGAUGCCUUUUCAUGUGGAGGGGGAUAGCAGUUUCAAUUUCAUAGGGAGAUUGAGCUGAUAAUUUACCUGGUGACAUUCUGCGUAUUCUUUUUCGGAACGCUUCUGGUGCAUGUCUGCGUGAAUGCCUGCCGUCCCAAGCCGCAGGCGACUACAGACGAAACCGCGCCGCUCAACUACGGCCAGCAGGGGUAUGGACCCCCGGGAUAUACGAACAAUUACGGCGCAAAUCCAGCUGUCGGCAAUGACAUUUUCUACGGGCAACAACCUGGUAUGGGAACUGGCACAGGUGCAUUGCCCUACGGAAGUGUAGCAGCUCCUGGUGGGCCACCGCCGCCUGGGCAGCAAAUGUUUGGGCAGCCGGGCCAGGCGGGGAAUUCCGUCGCCAACAAGCCGCCCAUGGGGAACAAUUUUCCGCAAUCGUACACCGCACAGUUUUGAAAAUGUGAUAGGAUAAAGAAUUCUUGUGGUGCUGUUACAGAUGUGAGAUCGAUCGUAAUUUUUGAGAGAGCUGAAGCGUGCCCGUACAUGAAGGUAGCGCAAAAGAACAGAGGUGGGGACCUGUUCUCCUUCG